CAGCUACGUGGUGACGCCAUUUGCCGCAAACACACCGCGCAGUAUAUAGCAUCUCCGGCUGUAUGUAUCACAGGAAGACCCGCCGGCAAGAAAUACUAAGAGAGGAACGAACAGUGUCUUUUCUUUACAUAAAUUGACACAUCUACAACAACCAGCUUACAUAUGGCGGUGAAUGUGUACUCGACCUCUGUGACCAGCGACAACCUGAGUCGCCAUGAUAUGCUGGCGUGGAUCAAUGAGUCCCUACAACUCAACCUGACCAAGAUUGAGCAUCUGUGUUCAGGUGCCGCAUACUGCCAGUUUAUGGAUAUGCUGUUCCCUGGCUGUGUGCCUCUGAAGAAAGUUAAAUUUGCAGCCAAACUAGAGCAUGAAUACAUUCAUAACUUCAAGGUCCUGCAAGCUGGUUUCAAGAGAAUGGGUGUUGAUAAAAUUAUCCCUGUGGACAAGUUGGUUAAAGGCAAAUUCCAGGACAACUUUGAAUUUGUCCAGUGGUUUAAAAAAUUCUUUGACGCCAACUAUGACGGCAAAGAUUAUGACCCAGUGGAGGCGCGUCAGGGUCAGGACUCUGCACCUGUGUCCAGUCCGGCAGUGCCAGCCCUAAACAAGCCCAAGAAAGUUAUGGCUGCUGCUCCCCAGCGCCCUGCUGCUAAGGUAGCUCCCAAGAUGGCACCUGGCUCAGCAAGGAGGCCAGGUGGCAGUGGUGAUGAGGAGCGGGCAGAGCUUGUCCAGGAGCUUAAUCUACUGAAAUCAACAAUCCAGGACAUGGAGAAGGAGAGGGACUUUUAUUUCGGCAAAUUGAGAAACAUUGAGCUCAUUUGCCAAGAGAAGGAAGGAGAAGGGGACCCCACGCUCCAGAGGAUUGUGGAUAUUCUCUAUGCCACAGAUGAUAGUGAGAUGAUGACUGCAAUUGAGGGAGGGAGAGAGAUGGAGGGCUUUGUCAUACCGGAUGCAGAGUCAGAAGACCAGGAGGAGUUUUAAUGACUCAAACUGGACCCAGCAUCACUCCCCCUCACCACCAACCACCUCCUUUUUCUUCUGGACACCCUGCCCCACGGCUGUUUAAAAGAGAAAUUAAUCCCGAACGCACCCUGCCUUUGGGAACUAGUCUUUCCAAAUGAACUGUUGCAUCAUACCACGCUCUAGCACCAUGCAGCAGUGACGAGCUGAGUUUGAAAAACCCCCCUCUGGCAGCUCUCCGGCCUUCAGUGUGGAGCUCAGGGACAAGAUGACCACCAUCUUAAGUUCCGCCCCCUGAUGAGAGCAGAGGGUUGUUUGUCUGUAAGAUUCAACUUCCUGUUGCGUUUUCUCUUCCUUUUUUUUGUUUUUUUUCCCGCAAGAUCACAGUAUCAACUUCAGUUGGACCUGCAAUGUUAAGUCAACCUAGAGUCACUCAUCUUUUAAGUUUUGUCCUCAGUUUUCUGAUUUACAUUUAUGAAUUUCUGGUAUGAAUCAUGAAAAGGUUCUUGUUAUGUUUUUGCUGUUUUCACACAGAAUGAUGUUAUCACAGUAGUGGUUCUUAACUUUGUAUGCAGAAGUACCAUCAUGUGUUCUGCUUUCAAUCUUUUGGGCCCAUACAGCUUGGUUAAUGUAGUUCCUCCCCUUUCAACCUGUCUGCCUUGUCAACAUUAAAUGCAGUUCUUGGAGAUUUCGUCAGAAAUUUGUAGCAGUUUUAGCAAUUUUAGCAGUCAGGUUAGGAGACACCCAAUCAUGGGACUGAAAAAAAGCCUUCUUGCCAAAGCAUUUGAUGCAUUGUGAAAGAUGAUGCAAGACUUGGGCAUGUGUUUUUGUUUUUCUCAUAGCAAACUAGAAUCAGUGGUCACUGGUACAUUCUUUGGCCGAAAUAUGCCUUUGCAAAAGAAAUACUGCCAGUCUUUGUACAAAGGCCAGCAAGUUGGAGAAUUUUAUACCCAUUUUGAAACUGCCUUGCAAGUGUUUCCUCAUUAAAUCUGAUCCCUGUCCCCUAAUUAAGACUGGAGUGGUGUGGCUUUUGAAUGUUGCUUUUAUUUUUUUUUUCCUUUCCCGAUAGAUGUCAGGGUGUCUGCUCAUACUACGGAUGUCCGAUAUUAAUUAGUUGCCUUUUAAAAGAGUAUAAUUUUCUAGUGUUAAUUUCACUGACUAUUUAAGAAGUUAAUUUCAUUGGAAUGUAUCAGAAGGAAAUGUUGGUUCAUCUGUGUGCCAUCUUUUAUUUUUCCCCUUCAGGGAGCAUACCUCUGCAAUCAGAUAUGUUUAACUGCUUUUGACCAGUGCAGUAGCAACCCAGGUCAAACCUGGCCAAGUUCUUUCUCUCUACAAUAUCAUGUGAGUCCAUGUUAUUGUGAUAUCAGGUUAUUUUCUUUAUCUUUUUUUGAGACUUAGUAAGAAAAGUUCCUUCCAUUGAUGUUUGUUUGGGACUUAAAAUGGAAGGACGUCUUGCUUAAGCACAAUCAUUUCAACAUUAACAACUUCUGGAGGUGCUGAUGUCUCCUGGUGUUACCUGUUGCACCGGUGUGGUGUAUUCUGUGCCAAUUUGACCUCCCACUCCUGUUUUUAAAAUCCAUUUUGUUGUGUGUGCGUGUUUUUGUAGUUUUGAGAUCUUCAAUUAUUAUUAUUAUUAUUAUUAUUUGAAGGGAGGUUGAGCCAAGGAAUGCACAUUAGAACAACCCCAUGUUCUUCUGGUGUGAAAGGUGAAGGUGGGCUUGAUUGCCUCCUGUGGCCUUCUGGAACAAUCUGCAGAGAGAUGCUUGUACACUGUGGGGCCAAUGGCCACAACUGCUUUCAUUUUCUUUUUCUAUCUUUUGUAUGCUCACACGCUCACUCUCCUUUUGUCCCCUUUUGUACUUGCAGGUUGUUAGGUUUUUCCUUUUUAAAUAGUAUUUACUGAAGGCUGUUUCUUACAAACAAUAAAUCUGUAUUUACAUGUGA